AUGAGCGAUUUGGUCGAAUCUUAUGAGAAUUUAGUAACAAAGGUGCAUGUGUGUCUCACGUUCUAUCUACGGCACUGCGGGAGUGUACCCUUUUUGAUGAAAGUAGAUGAUGAUGUUUCCGUUGAUCUCGAUCGUCUUUUCGACACAUGGGACAAAUCCGAAAUGACGACAGAAAAGCUAUUCUGCGCGCUCCUCAACAAUAGGGAGCCAAUACGAGAUUCCAGUAGUAAGUGGUAUGUUCCGAAAGGCAAGUGGCCACCGCGUUUGUACCCUGCUUAUUGUAAUGGACCUCUAUAUAUAAUGGGUAAUGUUGCCGUGAAACGGAUAUUGCAGCAGUCAAUGCGACUGCCAUUAUUUAUCAUGGAAGACGUGUUUUACACCGGUUUCGUUGCAGGAUCAUUAGGAAUAAAGAUUGUGGAUUGGAAAGACAAAAUCCAAAAUCAUCUUCAGUAUGAACAAGUUGAAGUCCCAGUAUGCGGUCCAAAUUCUUCAGCGAUAACUGUCGCUCAUUUUCCACUUUCCACUCCAGAAGAAAUGAUGAAAGGAUCGUUGAAGCUGAAAAGAACUAUAUGCUUUCCAUUUCCUUGGAUCAAAGAAUGA